AUGGACCUGUGUGAACACCAGGAGAAGCACUUCCUUGUCGUAGUUGACUACUACUCUCGCUUUAUCAAAAUCCUUCACCUGCCAUCGACCACCAGCAGAAGUGUAAUCCUGAAGAUGCAGUCGGUAUUCGCACGGUUCGGAAUUCCAAAAGAAGUAGUAAGUGACAACGGACCUCAGUUCUCAUCGAAGGACUUCAAGGACUUUAGUGAAAGUUACGGAUUUUCACACACUACGACCAGUCCUCGAUUCCCUCAGGCCAAUGGUGAAGCUGAAAGAGCUGUCCAAACAGCUAAACCAGAAACUGAUCCUGUACAAGUGCAAGAGUCAGACAAAGCAGCCAAGAAUGCCUACAGGUACCACUAUGACAAACGCCACUCUGCAAGACCGCUCCCAGAACUGAAGCCUGGCGACAAAGUCAAAGUGAAACUGGAUAUACAGAAAGACUGGAAUUAUCCCGGUGUGGUGGAGAAAAACUGUACUACUCCACGCUCUUAUCUCGUUGCUACACCAAAAGGAGUACUGCGCAGGAACCGCUGCCAUCUGAUGAAAGUUCCUGACAAUGAUGAACAAGCCGAACCUGCUCCGGACAUCGAGAAUCCGCUGCCAGAGACCGAACCUGCAGCUAAGUCUUACUCACCUAAUUUUACCACCCCUGAGAGUAGCACCCCGUCGAGAAUCACCACCAGAUCAGGCCGCGAGGUCAAGGUCCCACUUAGAUUCAAAGACAGUUAA